AUGUUGCAGGUCAUGGAGAAGUUUGAGAGGCAGUUUACAGAGAAAUAUGUUCCAUUCGACAGAAAGAAGAAAGUCGGGAACUAUAUCCUCGGACAAACAAUUGGAGAAGGUUCCUUUGCUAAGGUUCGUCAGGGAUUCCAUGUCCUAGCAAGAGAAAAGGUAGCGGUGAAGGUGGUGUCGAAGAAGGCCAUUCUCCUUAGGGACUAUGUAAGGAAAAACGUACACAGGGAGGCAGUAGUAUUACAGAAACUCCAACAUCCUAACAUCGUCCGUCUGUUCGAGGUGAUGGAAACAGAGAAUACGUACUACAUAGUCUUGGAAUAUGCGGAUGGAGGCGACUUCAUGAAAUAUUUAUCUGGAAAGAAAUACUUAACAGAAUUUGAAUGUAGACGAUUCUUGCGGCAGCUAACAUCGGCAGUGGACCACAUGCACAGAUCUAAUAUUGUACAUCGAGAUUUGAAGCUGGAGAACUUCCUUCUCGAUAAAGAUAUGAAUAUCAAAAUUAUUGACUUUGGACUCAGUAAUGUGUUCUAUGGUGAAACAUCGCUUAGUACACAGUGUGGGUCGCCAGCUUACGCCGCCCCCGAAAUCUUCAGCAAUCAGAAGUAUGGAUCAAGCGUGGACAUCUGGAGUCUUGGAGUGUGUAUGUAUGCAAUGCUGAUCGGCACUCUGCCAUUCGUACCCCAACCAGCUAAUAACCUCGCCCAACUUCACGCCUUAAUUCUGAAAGGUUGUUCCAUUCCAGAAGAACUCUCUUUAGAAUGCAAAGAUUUAUUAAAACGCAUGCUACAACCGGACUACAGACGUCGAAUAAGGAUUGAAGAGGUUCUACACCACGUCUGGAUGUCAGUAGGGUACGAUGAACAUAUUCAUCGCCAGCCAACGCUUCCCCAUGUUACACCAGUACCACCUCACGAAUCGGUGCUUCACUACAUGACAAACACCUACAGCUUUUCAGAAUCUGACGUUAUUGAAUCCCUCGAGGAAAGAAAAGUUAAUUCUACAGCCGCCACGUACAACCUUUUGUUGGACAGGUUUGAAAGUGGACUUCAUUUAGUCGGACUGUCUGUGGAAUCCCCUACGAGGGAUCAACAGUUUACAUCACAAAGUGAUUCCAUCACAAACAAAGACCAUUUCCUGGAAAAGGGAAGAUUACCCGCUGAAAUAAACACCCCUAUGAUAAAUCCCACUUCAUACAGGAGAUAUGUGCAAUUUUUACAAGAGACGAGACAUAGAACACUCAGUCGUCAGCAAAAUGAAUCGUUUUUGUUUCAAAGACAGAAGAUCAUAGCUUCCAUAAAACCAGAAAGUAGAAUAGGUAUAAAAGACGGCUCCAAUGGUAAAUAUUCCAAUGUGCCAUAUUCAGCUCCAACGUAUGAACAACUGUAUGCGUGGGGCUCAGAUAGGGGUGGCAAGCAUGAUGACCUUACAAAAAGGUCGUUUGAAGUUCACGACGAUUCAUCAAAGGAAACAAAAUCAAAUGAACAGACAAUUUUGCCUGUUGUAGAUACAGACAGGAAUAGAAAUCUAAGUGUUUCUCCUCUGAAAGCCGUGGGUCGACAGCAGUCUAUCAGUGAUUGUAGUGAUGUGCUAGAAGACUCCAGUAAAAACUUCCCUGCCAAAACUUCAAAACCAGCUUCUUCUGGUAAACUUGUACCUCCCACCAAAAGUGGAAAAAAGAAACUGCCUCCACAGCGUUCUAUGUCAGAACCAAAUACAAGAGAUACCGACAAUUUAUCAAUAGUGUUAACCGAACCUUGCUCGGACGAUGUGUGGGGCCCAGUACAAAGACAUAAGGCUAAAUUAGUAAAAGGAGUUACUCUCACGCUUUCGAGGAGUAAGACUAUAUUCGGUAAUUCUAUAUCGUCUCAAAAGUUGCUCACCCCAAGGGAUCAACGGAUUCUAGGCGACGCACAGAUCGUAGGCAAAGAAGAGAACACGAAAUCUGGUCGGAUAAUGGUUGAGCGAUCGGCAUCAACCCGUCACUAUCGCCAAACAUAUGUGACUGACUACCAGAAACCAAAGACAGCUACUGGCGUGAAGAACAGAUUUCCUGAUGUAGUAAAUCCCGCCAGUGUGAGAGCAAAAUCAGACUUAGGGAUGUACCCCAAGAGUGAGGAGAUUUCCCAUUUACCGGAAGUUGUGGAUUUAUCAAGCUACGAUAUUCCUGUUAGUCCUCCCUCCCCCGUGGAGCGACUGAUUGUUGACGACGAAGCCCCGAUGAUACGAAUUCGAAUUACCAGUUGUAUGAAACAAUGA